AUGUUGAAUGCUGCAUUGCUAUGUAAAAAUGGGAAUCUGAUCGCCUUGCUUGAAAACUGCAAAUCAUUGUGCCAAUUCAAAAAAUUGCAUUCCCUCAUCAUUACAUUCGGGCUUCCACUAACCCAAGAAGAUGCAUUCGUCUCAAGCUUUCUCUCUUUUGCAGCCACUCACUCCAAGAACAUGGAUUACGCCUACGCUAUUUUCCUUCAACUUCCAAACCCAACUAUCUUCAAUUGGAACACAAUCAUUAGGGGUUACUCGAAAAGCAAAAAUCCUAACAAAUCGAUAUCAGUUUUCGUUGACAUGCUGCGGAUGGGUAUAAACCCAGACCAUCUAACUUACCCGUUUCUAGCAAAAGCGGCGUCGCACUUGCAAGAGGUUCGGCUUGGCCUAUCGGUUCACGGACGUGUUAUAAGAGAUGGAUUUGAUGCUGAUAGGUUCGUUAAGAAUUCUUUGAUUCAUUUAUCUUCUUCUUUCAAGGAUCCAGGGUAUGCACGCAAGCUGUUCGACGAAAUGCCAAACAAGAACGUGGUUUCCUGGAACUCGAUGUUGGAUUGCUAUGUCAAGUGUAAGAAAGUAUUAAUGGCUCGGGAAGUGUUUGAUUUAAUGCCAGAGCGUGAUGUUGUAUCCUGGAGCUCCAUGAUUGAUGGGUAUGUCAAAGGUAGUGAGUACAGUGAAGCACUGGCUAUCUUCCAAAAGAUGCAUGGGUCUGGUAUCAAUGCAAAUGAGGUGACUAUGGUGAGUGUAUUGGGUGCUUGUGCUCAUUUAGGUGCACUUGAUCAAGGGAUCAUGAUGCAUCACUACAUUAUCAACAAGAAGAUAGCUUUAACUUUAGUGUUAAGAACAUCACUUGUAGAUAUGUAUGCCAAAUGUGGAGCAAUAGAGGAAGCACUAUCUGUAUUCCAUGGAGCAAUCAUGAAACAAACCGAUGUUUUAAUUUGGAAUGCAAUGAUUGGAGGGCUUGCAACACAUGGAUUUGUACACGAAUCACUUGAUAUGUUUAAAGAGAUGCAGAAGAACAAGAUCACACCAGAUGAGAUCACAUACUUGUGCAUACUAAGUGCUUGUGCUCAUGGAGGUUUAGUAAAUGAAGCUUGGUAUUAUUUCAAGUCUCUUACUCAAAAUGGUUUGAAUCCAAAAACCGAACAUUAUGCAUGCAUGAUGGAUGCAUUGGCUCGAGCUGGAAAACUUAAGGAAGCAUACACAUUCUUGUCUCAAAUGCCAAUGGAACCAACUGCUUCCAUGUUAGGGGCUUUGUUCAAUGGCUGCAUCAAUCAUAGGAAUCUUGAUCUUGCUGAAGUAGUGGGGAAGAAGCUUGUUGAAUUGGAACCAGAUCAUGAUGGUAGAUAUGUUGGUUUGUCAAAUGUUUAUGCAGUGAUCAAGAGGUGGGAUGAAGCAAGAACAAUGAGAGAAGUGAUGGAGAAGAGAGGAGUUAAGAAGUCUCCAGGAUGGAGCUUUGUGGAGAUACUUGGAUCACCUCACAGAUUCAUAGCUCAUGAUAAAACUCAUCCACAAUCUGAACAAAUCUAUAGCAUGUUGAGUUUUGUAGUAAAGCAGUUGAGUGAUAUAGAUUCUGAAAUGUUCUAUGAUUGCAUAUAUGUGAAUUGUAUACUCUUUGAUUAG